AUGCGACUUCGAGCUUCUUUUGUUCUUUUUCUAUUUCUUUUUUCUUGUCCUUAUUUCUUAUUUUCUUUCUCUCUUUUUCACUUCUUACUUUUUUUUCUUUCCUUUUUCCUUUAUUUCAAUAUAUUUUUACCUGACAUUCUUCCAUUCGUUCUCUUCUAUUUUUCUUUCUAUAUUUGGCUGCAUUUUCUUUCUUUCUUUUUUCCUUCUUUCUUUCUUUUUCUGUCUUUCCGUCUUUCUUUUUCUUUCUUUCUUCUUUUUCCUUCUUUCUUUUUUUGUCUAUCCUUCUUUCCUUUUCUUUCUUACUUUCUUUCUUUUCCUUUUCUUUCUUUCCUUCUUUCUUUUCUUUUUUUUUUUGUCUGUCCUUCUUCCUUUUCUUUCUUUUCUAUCUUUCUUUUCUUUCUUCCUUUUUUUUUCUUUCUUUCUUUUUGUCUUUCCUUCUUUCUUUUUUUCUUUCUUUUUGUCUUUUUCCUUCUUUCCUUUUCUUUUUCUUUCUUUCUUUUUCUUUCUUUCUUCCUUUGUUUUUCUUUUUCUUUUCUGAUUGCUUUUCUUCUUUUUUUUUUCUUUUUUUUUCCUUCAUUCUUUCUUUUUCUUUCUUUCUUUUUCUGUCUUUCCUUCUUUCUUUUUCUUUCUUUCUUUUUUUGUCUAUCCUUCUUUCCUUUUCUUUCUUUCUAUCUUUCUUUCUUUCUUCCUUUGUUUUUCUUUCUUUCUUUUUCUGUAUUUCCUUCUUUCUUUUUCUUUCUUUUACUUUCUUUCUUCUUUUUUCUUCCUUUCUUUCUUUUUCUUUCUUUCUAUGUUUUUCCUUUUUUCUUUUUCUGUCUUUCCUUCUUUCUUUUUCUUUCUUUCUUCUUUUUACUUCUUUCCUUUUCUUUCCUUCUUUCUUCCUUUGUUUCUCUUUCUUUCUUUUUCUCUCUUUCCGUCUUUCUUUCUUUCUUUUUUCUUCCUUUUUCCUUUUUCUGUCUUUCUUUCUUUCUUUUUCUUUCUUUCUUUCAUUCUUACUUUCUUUCUUUGUUUCUUUUUUAUUUCUUUCUUCUUUUUCUUUCUUCAUUCUAUCCUUCUUUUCUCUCUUUCUUUCUUUCUUUCUUUCUUUCUUUUUUCUUCCUUCUUUUUCUGUCUUUCCUUCUUUCUUUUUCCUUUCUUUCUUCCUUUCCUUUUUAUUUCUUCAUUCAUCUUUCUUUUUCUUUCUUCAUUCUUUCUUUCUCUUCUCUUUCUUUCUUUCUUUUUUCUUUCUUUCUUUCUUUUUCUUUCUUACUUUCUUUCUUUUUUCCUUCUUUCUUUCUUUUUCUGUCUUUCCUUCUUUCUUUUUCUUUCUUUCUUUCUUUUUCUGUCUUUCCUUCUUUCUGUUUCUUUUUUCUUCUUUUUUCUUUCUUUCUUUCUUUUUUCCUUCCUUCUUUCUUUUUUUGUAUUUCCUUCUUCCUUUUUCUUUCAUUCUUCUUUUUCUUUCUUUCUAUGUUUUUCCUUCUUUCUUUUUCUGUCUUUCCUUCUUUCUUUUUCUUUCUUUCUUCUUUUUCCUUUCUUUCUUUCCUUCUUUUUCCUUCUUUCCUUUUCUUUCUUUCUUUCUUCCUUUGUUUUUCUUUCUUUCUUUUUUCCUUCUUUCUUUUUCUCUCUUUCCGUCUUUCUUUCUUUCUUUCUUUCUUUUUUCUUCCUUCUUUCUUUUAUGUCUUUCCUUCUUUCUUUUUCUUUCUUUCAUUCUUACUUUCUUUCUUUCUUAUUUUUUUUCUUUGUUUCCUUUUUAUUUAUUUCUUUUUUCUUUUUCUUUCUUCAUUCUUUCCUUCUUUUCUCUCUCUUUCUUUCUUUCUUUUUUUCUUCCUUCUUUUUCUGUCUUUCCUUCUUUCUUUUUUCUUUUUCUUUCUUCAUUCUUUCUUUCUCUUCUCUUUCUUUCUUUCUUUUUUCCUUAUCUUCCUUUUAUUUGUUAGAUGGAGACCCGAGGCGUUCAUCACCUAUGGUAUCUAG